AAGCAUUUGCUGCUACUCACCUCCUGUUUCCUAUCUUAUAACGAAUGUGGUAUAUUUACUUGCGUGGUCUUCGAAGUAGCUUUAUUAUUUAUUUUGGGUGAUUUCUUGUUGUGCAUCGCUUGAGUUUCGAAUCGGAAUGCGUUUGAUUCGGGAUGUAGAGAGAUCUGAGUGCUUUGAAGCUUGAUUGUGGUGGUCCGUGGGGUUUAUAAUUGGUGUUGCAGCUAGCAAUUUGCUGUCUGAUCUGGCCGAUGCGUGUUGUACCACUUGGUUUUCAUCCCUUGCAGGUUAGGAGGUUGUGAUUGUAUAGACGUGAAUGGCAGCAGCAGAAGUUCAAAACCCUCUUAUUGGAGAAACCACCUGUGGUUCUUUGCUGCAGCAAUUACAGCAAAUUUGGGAUGAGGUUGGUGAAAGUGAUGAAGAGCGGGACAAGAUGCUUCUUCAGUUGGAACAGGAAUGUUUGGAUGUGUACAAGAGGAAGGUUGAUCAGGCUGCUAAGUCGAGGGCACACCUUCUCCAGGCCUUGGCAGAUGCGAAAGUUGAACUCUCCAACCUUCUAUCAGCUCUUGGAGAAAAAUCUCUUGUUGGAAUUCCUGAGAAAGCUUCAGGAACAAUCAAGGAACAACUUGAAGCUAUAGCACCGGCACUAGAACAGCUAUGGAAACAGAAAGAAGAGAGGAUAAAGGAGUUUUCUGAUGUUCAGUCACAGAUCCAAAAGAUGUGUGGGGAAAUUGCUGGGUCUAGUGAGCAAGUAGGGAGUCCCAUUGUUGAUGAGACUGAUUUAUCCUUAAAGAAGUUAGAUGAAUUUCAUGUUCAACUCCAGGAACUUCAGAGGGAAAAGAGUGAGAGGUUGCACAAGGUCCUUGAAUUUGUAAGCACAGUGCAUGAUCUAUGUGCUGUUCUUGGGAUGGACUUCUUCGGUACUGUUACUGAAGUUCAUCCAAGCUUAAAUGACUCUACUGGUGUGCAAUCCAAAAGUAUUAGCAAUGACACUCUGUCUAGGCUAGCGAAGACAGUCUUAGUACUGAAAGAAGAUAAGAAACAGAGAUUGCAAAAGCUUCAAGAGUUGUCUACUCAGCUAAUUGAUCUUUGGAAUCUGAUGGAUACCCCCCAAGAAGAGCGCAGCUUGUUUGAUCAUGUUACCUGUAAUAUUUCAGCUUCAGUUGACGAAGUGACAGUCCCUGGGGCUCUUGCUCUCGACUUGAUUGAGCAGGCUGAGGUGGAGGUUGAGAGGCUUGAUCAGCUGAAAGCCAGCAGGAUGAAGGAAAUUGCCUUUAAGAAGCAAGCUGAGCUUGAGGAGAUAUUUGUUCGUGCUCACAUUGAAGUAGACCCAGAGGCUGCACGAGAAAAGAUUAUGGCACUGAUUGAUUCGGGAAAUGUUGAGCCAUCUGAAUUACUGGCUGAUAUGGAUAAUCAAAUAGUAAAAGCUAGAGAAGAGGCUUUCAGCAGAAAAGAAAUUUUGGAUAAGGUUGAGAAGUGGAUGUCAGCUUGUGAAGAAGAGAGUUGGCUUGAAGACUACAAUCGGGAUGAGAACCGAUAUAAUGCCAGCAGGGGUGCACACUUGAAUCUUAAGCGAGCAGAAAAGGCCCGGAUUUUGGUCAACAAAAUUCCAGGUCUGGUUGACACCUUGGUUGCCAAAACUCGGGCAUGGGAAGAAGAUCGUGGCAUAUCAUUCACCUACGAUGGUGUUCCUCUCCUCGCAAUGCUAGAUGAGUAUGCCAUGCUCAGGCAUGACCGAGAAGAAGAGAAGCGGAGGAUGAGGGAUCAGAAAAAGUUCCAUGAACAGCUAAACACAGAACAAGAAGCCAUUUUUGGUUCGAGGCCUAGCCCUGCUCGACCCCUUGGGACAAAGAAGGUGGUGGGCCCUCGCACAAAUGGUGGUGCCAAUGGAACUCCUAAUCGUCGACUAUCUCUAAAUUCCCAUCAAAAUGGAAGCAGGUCCACGAGUAAAGACGGGAGGAGGGAAAGUGCCAGACCAGUUGCCCCUGUGAACUAUGUUGCCAUAUCCAAGGAGGAUGCUGCCUCCCACAUUUCGGGGACUGAGACCCUUCCCACAUCACCAUGAUAGUUUACUGGAGAUGGCAGAGAAUGGAGAGAUCGAUAUGUGUAGGUUUACACCCCUUGUGAUAUUAUUAUAGUCAUCGUUGUUAAUUAUCAUAGAGUAGUGGCUGGAAUUAGGGAUUAAUCUUUGAAGAGAGUAUAAUGGGGGGUUGGUUGUUUGUGUUAUAUUUCUGUAUGGUAAAAGCUCCUUUUAUUUUAUUUUUUUCCCCUUAAUUUUCGUUGUUUUGUUUGCUUUUGGUCAGACUGCAUGUAGAAUGCACAGGCUCUACCUUCACCUGCUAGGAGUUGUCAAUAAAAUAUCCUCCAGAGCGUUUCAAUUGCUGAA